CUGCGCGAGAGCGUUUGGUUGCGCCGAUUCAUUAUCAUCAUGCCCAUAGCGUCAGCCUCGCAGUCGGCGGCAGCACCGCCGUUGGGAAGGGCAUACUUCGCCGCGUAUCCCUUCGCCCAGCUGCUAGAGGAUUUCACCCCCGGCCACCAAAGGCCGGGGCUACCGAGACGUCUCUCCGGUGACAUGCGGUCCGGGGAGCUCAUCCUGCGCUGCGUUCUGCUCGGGGGCAACUGCGGCGAGAUGCCGGCACACUCGACCAGUCCCGGUCUGGUCAAGAUGGCCAAAGCAGGUGGAGGAGCUGGCGGUGGUGCAGGAGCCGGAGGAGGAGGGAUGGCGCAGGGACGACGAGUCAGGGUGAAGCAGGCUGCGCAUCGACCCCGAGAUGUCCGGACCAUCUUCCUCCAAGCGGAGGAUCCCAGAGUCCCGGAGGAGAAGGGAGAGGGACAUUGCUUCGGUCGAUGUUCCGUGUACACUUGGUGCGACUAUUGUGGCAAGGAGAUCCCCCUGUGCAAUGAAGCUGUCAGGUGUAAAAAUUGCAAUUAUACCAUUCAUCAAGAGUGUAGGAGCUUCAUUAAGCUUGACUGCCAGCAAGGGGAACAGCUUUCAGCGGAGAAAAUUAGCCUUGCAAAUUCAAUGGUCCAGCCUGGAAGUGAGAAUGUGGCAACAAAAGAAGAACAAAAACCCAAAAUCCUCUCAGAAAAAGAGAUUAAACAAAAAAUUGAAGAAUACAAUGGAAAGGCUAAAAACUGCUUGGGAAUGCGUUUGAAUCAGGAUGGCACAUAUACCGGUUUCAUCAAAGUUCAUCUCAAGCUACGCCGCCCUGUCACGGUCCCAGCUGGUAUCAGACCGCAGUCAAUCUACGAUGUGUUGAAGGAAGUAAAUCCAGCAGAAAUCACCGACAAACGAACAUCGUUUUACCUGCCACUGGAUGCAGUCAAACAACUUCACAUCAGUAGUGUAACCACUGUUAAUGAAGUGAUCACAAGCCUGCUAAAAAAGUUCAUGGUGAUUGAUAAUCCUCAAAAAUUUGCUCUCUUCUACCAGACCAAAAAAGGCAAUGAUGUCAACCUGCAGAAACUUAAAGAAAAUGAGCAUCCUCUUUUAAUCCGUCUUUUGGCUGGCCCGGACACACAUGCCUCAAGUUUUGCAUUGAAGGAGAAUGAAACUGGGGAAGUUGAGUGGGAUGCAUUUAGUGUGCCAGAGUUGCAAAAUUUCCUCAUUAUACUAGAGAAAGAAGAAAAGGAACGGAUCCAACAGGUCCAGCAGAGAUACACCAUGUUUCGACAAAAGCUGGAGCAGACUUUGAAGAUGGUUGGGAAACCUGGAUAAUUGAAUUGCAGACAAGCCAAAACAGAAGCAUAAGACUUAAAUAUUGCUCAGGACAUGUGAGCAGAAUUAUCUCAAGGGACAAGUGCAACAAUAAGACAACAAUAAAUGUUGUUUUUAACUGUACAAGUGUAGAGCUGGUGCCAAGGUUGAGAAAUAUUACUGUACAUAUAUACUGCUCUGGACUGACUUAAAAACAGCUGCUUUUCAUGAGUUUCUAAUUUAACCCUUUGAUUACUGAAGAAACUAUAAUUACAGCAUUUCUAGACAAUUUUUUAAAAAGUCGUCUGUUUGAAGAAUACUGUGAAUUAAAAACCUAUUUUAGGUUCUUUAUUUGCUUGUAGAUAUUCAGUACGGCAAAUUUACAUCAAAUAUAGGUGUGACAGAAGUGAACCUGCAGUUUAGAAGCUGCAGAAAGUAUUCAGUGCUCAAGGGUUGUGCUGGUUAUUCUGCAAUGCACCAAUCAUUGUUUGGCACUUGAGGAGAAGUAUCUAUUGAAAGCAGGAAGCUGCUUUUUGCAUGUUAGACAAAAAUCUUUAAGAUGUUGUCCUUUUUUUAUUAUACAAAAUGUCUGUAACUGUUGCAUGUCUGGGUGCUGAACGGAAUUGUGUAGAAUGCCAGCAUGUAAUUGAAGUUGUCUCAGAACGAAUGCAGCUUUCUCUAUUGAAUGCUUUUAAGGAGAUCUGUAUCAAACAUAGCUUGAAUGAUAAUUAAUAAUGAAGCACUUAUGUGAACUGUCUUUUAAAAGGAACAUUGAAAGAAUAUUUCCAUUAUUUGGUAUUUAUAGCGAAAUCCUAAACAUCCACACCAGAGAGAUUUUUUGGCUUGGAAUCAAAAUAGGCAUUUAAAUACAUAGGGUGAUGCUAUAUCAGAACUCCAUUGCCUUUCCAAUUCCACCACAGUUAAAUUCAGGGGCAAGAAAGCUUGUGGUCAAACUUUCUGCGCUGCUGAAAAUUGAGGCCCUUAUGCGGCCAAUCAGACUACUGAAGGAUCUCAUCCCACUGCAGCUGGUAUUAACUCAGUUGUAGGCAGGCUUUUUGACAUGCUUUGUGCACAACUGUGAGGCUUGCUUAUAGUCUCCCAUAAUGAGGAGAGUUUCAUUAUUCAAGUGUCUUCAGCGUCUGAUUGAGUGAUUCACAAUUGAGGAUGUGGGGACUUCAGAGAGCCACACUCUGUACUUGCUGCUGACCUCUAUACACCCUGACCCUAGAAACAGCAUUGCAGGUCUUUAAAGGUGAGAUCCUCAAAGUUUCCUUAAAAUCUAGAGAAUUGUUUUUGAGUAAAUUCAAUGCUUUAUCCUGUUAAUUUUGUUGUUUCUAUUUGAUCGGCUAUGGGGGCAGUAGAUUUUCUGCUUCAUUUACCAUUUAGGUACUAUCUCCUGAAGUUCAUUUUACUUUCAAAAUUACAUGAAGAUUGAGUUCUAGAUAAUGGAGUGAAUGAGCACAUCACUGAACAGUCCCUUGUACUUUUCCCUCCUGGCAGAUUUGAUGCUGGGCUGAUUUAAUGAGGUGGAAAAGUGGUGGUUGGAUGGCCUUCUGGCUAUGCUAUGAAUUGAGAGCCUUAAGUCAGCAAUUAAUAGCUAAUUAAGGGCUUCAUCCAGCCACCAAUGUAUGGAUCCAGCAGUAGGCAGCAGGAGCAUGGCAAGAAGAUCUCUGUAGGGCUGACUGUGGGAUCCCAGUAGGAAUCCCCUAUUCAAAGGCCUGGAAAGUACAGUUCCUGUAUCAGUCAACCUCUUAAGCUCCUUUCAGCUUUGACCUGGCAUUCCUCAAUGAUCUGACUUCAAGUAGAUGUGGUACAGGAAAUCUGGUGCACUGAUCAAUAGAGCUACUUGCUUUUGGCUGGCAGGCAGGACACCAUCUCUCAAACCAAAUCCUUGAUCUGUGGCAAAAGCAACUCCAAUGCCUGUGGAAAGAUGUGCAGUGGGCCUUUCCUAAAAGGGCUCUUGCUAGGUUUCCAGCUGGUAGCCAAGACCCCACAAUGCCUCCAAAAUUAUGCAUAUCAUUUUAUCAGUUUUGGGAACUGGAACUGAAUUCAAUCCAGACUCUUAAUAGAAUUCUUCUCUCUUCACAGAUUUUGGGUGAAAUGAGUUUGGGCAUUCAUUGGUGGGUGUGAUACUAAUUCUGAAAGCUGUCCCAAAGGCCAAAAGGAUAACCAGCAUAGAAAAUACAAUAUCACACAAUGGAAGUAAAUGAUAUUAAAGUUAAAUGUACUAGGGCACUUUUGGGGGCAGAGUGGAAUUUAACGCUAAUUUGGGGAUUUUGGUAUAGAAGUGUUUCAAUAGUAAUACUUUGUAGUUACAUAAUCUCAGAAGCAGAAGACAAAAUGGAAAUUGAGCCAAAAGGGAAAGAUUGAGGAGGUGGUUUAUCAUAGAAUUCCUACAAUACAGGAAGAGGCCAAUUAGCCCAUUGAGUAUAUCGACCCUCCGAAGAACAACCUAACCCCCACACCCUAUACCUGUAACUCUGCAUUCCCAUGGCUAACCCAGCUAUCCUGCAUAUCACUGGACACUGAGGCAGUUUAGCAUAGCCAAUCCACCUAACCUGCACAUCUUUGGACGAUGAAAUCAGAGGACUCGGACACAAAGACAACAUGCAAACUCCACACAGAAAGGCAAGGGUGAAAUUGAAACCAGGCUCCUGGCGCUUUGAGGCAUCAGUGCAAAACUUGAUUUUUAAGGAUUAAACAGGAGACUUUGGGCAGUCAGUUUCCGGUACAUAAGGGCCUAGACAGCCAAAACCCAAGCCAAGUGGUGUGGAGAGAAAAAAGGCAGUGGUGUCAAGUAUUUAUACUUGAAGAUUACUUUGAUAUAGGUUAUGUUAUCUUCAAGAAUUUUCAAUUAAUUUGAUGACGCUCUAUUGUACUAAUUGGAUAACUUGAUUCAGAUUGCAUUGACAGUAACCAUGUUGUUUAGUUCCUCACACACAUUUCAACCCGGACCCAGGGCUGCACAAUAAAAACUGAUGCUUUGCACUUGGGUGCAUUUACUAAAUUUCAUCAUUCCCAAGUGGUUUGAAGUAUUAUUUUCUCUCUCAACAAUAUGAGAAUCUGCUAACAUAGUCCGAUCAAAUAGCAUUGUUAUUCCAGUGUUAUACAUUGUGGCACUUCAUUUUACACUUGUGCUUUCAAGGAUGAAAUUCAACUUGGAUGAUGGUGCAAAACAGGAGGUAGGAGCACAUUUCACAUUCAAUUGUUUUAUUAUUAUCAAUGGAAAAUUGGUUGAGUGUAAAAUGAGCUUCUAGUGUGCUAGUGUCCAAUUUUCAUUGCUAUCCAAAAAUUUACUGUCCCAAGUAUAUAUUUCAGAGAAAAAUGUUACUGUUUACGCUGUUCUGAUUACUUUGACACAGUGUACAGUAAAGGACCUAUAUAAUUCCAUGAAUAAAAGAAGACUACUGAUUUCAAAUCACUGCACUGGAACGCAACCUUUUCGUGAAGCCAAACUAAACUUCUCCAUUAGUUAUGUAGGCCAAUUUAGCAAAACAAAAUGUAUUCCAUUAUUUUGUUUUCUUUCUUCCUGAUGUUUCAGUUUUGAAAGAGAAAAGGAAACUAUAACUUUUUAGAAUGGAAUAUAUAGGCAAUGUGGUUACUUGUUUCUAGUGCACUUGAAAAUAUAUUAGCUUGUGUCAGAAGUUUGAGUGAAUUUGCAGUUUUUAAACAAGUUGCACAUUUGAUUUCACUUGGAAAAAGAUUGUUACUCUCUAGCCAUAAUAGAAUUUUCUUCCCAAUGUUUUUGUUCAAAAAUUCCCAUAUUGGUCUGAGAAGCUAUGUAUGAGUGAAACUAGAUUCAUCUAGUAUCUUUCAAAUGUUUUACUAAUUAUUAUGCAGGCCACCAGAAUGGGGUAUAAUGUCAUGAAAGGUUUUCCAUUAAUUAUCCUUUUUAAAACCACUCAGAUCUUCUUGGUGGGCUAACUAAUUCUGAAACCCCUUCCUGCAUUGUUUUUUCGACAGCUCAUUUUGCAGUUUAAAUAUCUCGUUUCUUUCCCCAUCGAAUUUUUUUAAAAUAAAAAGUUUGCCCAUCUAACAACUCCUUGGUAAUACUUAGCUGAGCCAUUUGUCAAUGCCAUAUUGCCCAGAAAGCUCAAAGUUUGAGUGAUCUCUUUAUAUCUGAACGCUGUAUGUUUUACUAAAAUGCUGUCAUAAGUUAAACAUAGAUUUCUUCUCAUAUGAAAAUAUUAAGAAGGUCCAAUCUGUAAAGCCAAUAGUUGUAAACUAAUGAAUUAACAUUCAAAAAUAGUUUGACCAUAUGAUGCACACAGCAGAUUCCAAGGUACAGUUUGAAACCUCCCACUAAAGAAGUUCUCCAACUAUGCCAUCCAAUGUUUGCCCUGACUAACAUCACCAAAAGCGGUAAACUGAUUAUGUAUCUUCUGCUUGCAUGUGUAUCUUGCUGUGCACCAAUAAUGAUCAGAAAUACCUACAAAACAAUAGUUAUUAAAACCAAUUUAUUAUUUUUGAAGCAUAAAGUACUUUUUAUGACCCCAGCAUAUUUCAAAGUGCAUAUAACUUUCAGUUUUUGAUUUUAAAAAAUAUGUUCAAUGUAUAGUUAGAUAUUGUAAAGUGGUUAUUAAUGGACAACUGAAUACAUGCUGAGUCACAGCCUGCAUUUUCAUGGAUAGGACAAAACUCCUUUGACAAGAAAUAAUUAAGAUAUUAGAAUACUUCUGCAGUUGAGCCUCCCAAAGAUGAUCAGUGAAGACUAAUAUUCAAUAAAACCUUCUCGUUAACUGCAGGCAGUAUCUCCUUUUUUGAUAGUCCUACAUGUACAGGUUCUGAAGUGUUUAAAAAUUACAUGACCAAACAUUAGCCUUCAGAGGCAAGAAAAUGCAGAUAUUAUUAUAUUUUGCUUUUAAUUUAUUUUGCUCGAUAAAGUUAUCUUACAAAACAGAACAAAUAUUUUAUUGUACAAUGCUGCAGCGUAUUACACCUAUCCCAUAUGGAUGCUUGGUGAUGAAAAAUCUGGUUCAACAAUGAAAAUAAGGGUGUCUGUCUGAUUCUCAAUUUAAGACCAAUUAAUUUGUAGAAAUUGCAUAUCAUUAAGUUUCAUUGGAGAAAAAUUUGGCUUCCAUUCUUUUUAAAUUCCAGGUGUAUUGUUACUGGGGUCUUGACCGUAAAUUCCAGGUUCAAAGGACCUUUCUGAAAGAGUCUUUCAACAAAUAUUGUAACUCCUUCUGAUUAAACAUUUUAAUUAAGAAUCAUGUCCUCUCUUUUCCAAUUUGUUAUGUAAUUUAGUUCUGUAUCAUUUUAAAAAGUCAGAUGGUACAAAUUAACAUUUAGUUUGUUUUCUGACACAAAUCCUGUCUGUUGAAUGUUCUACAUUCUGACAAAAUCAAAUGUUUUAAUUUGUCUGAUGGCAUUGGAUAGGAUUUGUCUCCGUUUUUUUAUAGGCAAUUGAGUAUCUCAAAAGUGCUGUUUCAAGAAGUUCAGGCCUGAUUCUGUUUUCUCAGAAAGCCAGUCAAGCAAGGAUGAAAAUUUUGUCCCUGUUGCUGAAGAUUUGCACUUUGUCACUCUUCCAUAGAUGUUCAUGUGUCAACUUGUUGCCCGUGAUCGCUAUUUGUGUUACUUGUUUUUUGUUACUAUGCGUAUAGAGAUAAUGAGCAGACAAUGAUUUUGCUACCAUGAGCUGUUACCUAAAUGAAAAAGGUCGUUAUUCUUUCUACGUGAAACAAAAUCUCUACGACCAAGUACAUGACCCCAGUGUGAUAAAUGCCCAGCAAUACAAGGCAGUAACUUUUAUACAGAAACAAAGGAAAUUAUUUAAUUUGUAUGAAGGAGGUGAAAGUUCUGGAUUUAUUUUGACAGUGAGGAACACUGCUGGCAAUAAACCACCCUAGGAAACAGUGGAAAUUGCGAUUGUAAGUAUUCAAAUAGCAAUGAACAAUAAAAUGCUGCACUAUUUAGAGAUCGCUGUUUCUGUUCACAUAGAAAUAACAUUAUUAGCCAGCUGCUAAUAGUUGUCUCUGGAAUUGCCCCAUAUUUUCAAUAGAAAAUUAUGUUUGACAAUUGUAAAGACUGGAAAGUUUUGCAAGUACUGUAUUUUGAUUUUCUUUUAUUAA